AUGAUAUUAAUUCUGCCAAGUGCAGAAACAUACUCAGCUGCCUACAAUUAUAAAAAAGUCUGCUUAACUGCCGUUAACGAUGAUGAAGAUGUGGAUGUUGAUGAUGGUGAGAGUGAUGGCGAUGACGAUAACGAAGGCGUUGGAGAUGGCGACGGCGAUGGCGAUGGCGUUGGCGAUGGCGAUGGCGAUGGCGAAGGCGAUGGCGAUGGCGAUGGCGAGGGCGAGAGCGAGAGCGAGAGCGAGAGCGAGAGCAAGGGCAAGGGGGAGGGCGAGGGCGAGGGCGAGAGCAAGGAAGAGGGCGACGGCGGUAGCGACAGCGAUAUCAACGGCGAGGGAGAGGGCGAGGGCGAGGGCGAGGGCGAUGGCGGGGGUGCAUGCGAUAGGGAGAGCGAGAGCGAUGGCGAUGGCGAUGGCGAUGGCGAUGAUGUUGUUAUUGAUGACAGCGAAGGUGACAGCAGCUGUGAUGGUGAUGGUGAAGGUGAAGGGGAGGGCAAGCGCGGGGGCGAGGGUGAGGGCCAGGGCGAGGGUGAUGUUGCAAGUGGUAUUCCAUGA